AUGGCUUCCACUUCAACCACCAAAAAAGAAAUAGCCUCAGAGCUCCUUCCCCUCAUCAGAGUCUACAAAGAUGGCACAGUGGAACGCCUCUGGGGCUCUCCUUAUGUGCCCCCAUGUCCUCAUGACCCACAAACCAACGUCUCCUCCAAAGAUAUCACCAUCUCACAGUACCCCACUAUCUCAGCUCGCCUCUUCCUCCCUCAAAACCAAAUAUACCAAAAACCCCAACACCUUCUCCCCAUCUUGGUUUACUUCCACGGUGGUGGGUUUUGCUUUGAAUCCGCCUUCUCAUCUGACCACCACCGUCUCCUCAACCGGUUGGUCUCACAAGCCCAAGUCCUCGCCGUCUCCGUUGAGUACAGGCUUGCCCCAGAAAACCCACUUCCCAAUUGUUAUCAAGAUUGCUGGGAUGCUCUUCAAUGGGUCUCUUCUCACAGAACCCACAAAGAAUUAGAUGCUAAUAAUACUAACAAAGAGCCAUGGCUGGUCAAUUAUGGCAAUUUUGAUAAAUUGUACAUAGGUGGUGACAGUGCAGGUGGUAACAUUGUCCAUAAUGUAGCCAUGAAGGCAGGGGUUGAGAGAUUGUGUGGGGAUGUGAAAAUUCUGGGGGCAUUUAUGUCACAUCUUUAUUUCUUGGGAUCCAAGCCAAUUGGGUCAGAGCCUAAAGGUGAAGACUUUGAGAAGUGGCUGCCUUGUAAAGUUUGGAAAUUUUUGUACCCAUCAGCUCCUGGAGGGAUUGAUAAUCCGAUGGUCAAUCCGGUGGGGGCGGGUGCACCAAGCCUGGCUGGACUCGGGUGCCCUCGAAUGCUCGUGUGUGUUUCUAGCAAGGAUGAGUUGAGUGAUCGAGGUGUUUGGUAUUAUGAUUUGGUGAAGGAAAGUGGGUGGAGAGGAGAGGUGGAGGUGUUUGAAGUGGAAGGAGAGGAACAUGCUUUUCACAUCUUAAGUGAGGUUGAGACUGAGAAUGUCAAGAUUAUGAUAGAAUGCUUGGCUUCUUUUCUUGUUUAG